AUGGCACGGUUUCCCGAUCCUAUUGCAGGCGUGACAAUCAUAUGCUUCAAUUGUUCAAACUGGAAAGAUGAGGGAGUUAACGAGGAUCGGGACCCCGACAAUGAUAAAGGUGGUGCGUUGAAAUACGUGGCUAUACAAAGAUUUCUCGACAGUGGCGGAAAUGUGAUAUCCAAUAUACCAGGAAUAGCGAGAACACCGACAGGCAAUGUAGACCAGUGUUUUCAACUUGAAAGGCUUCCUAGUGAAGAAAUAGAUUACACACGUUUAGAAGUGCAUAUAUUAGAUUCAUUAACUGAACCCUCAGCAAUUGUCGACUUUGAUAUUUCCGUGACUAAUCCACUUCCAGCGGUUGUCACAUCAUCAAAUGAAAGUGUUUUGAUAGAUAAAUUAAUGGAGGACAAUAAAGAAAUUUUACUUCAAUACAGUAGCUUGAAUGAUUUUCAAGGCACUGCAGAUAUUGUAUCUUCAAUUGCUUCAGUUAUAUCUAUCAAAGUUGAGCGAUCUGCGUCUUCCGUGUCAUAUCAAUUACGUGGAAAGAACGGUUUCUUCUCUGAUUUUCAUGCGGAUGGCACCUCGUCGUUAGUUAAAGAUGCAAUGACAGAAUUCGGGGAACCUGUGGCUAAUCCACUAGUUCUUAAAUUACAGGAGACAAACCAGUUUCUGGUUCAAACGAUUAAAUCCGUUAUGGAAAAAUUGAAUCAAAGUGAAGCACGGGAUAUCUAUAGUAACCGACAACUUGUAUCAGCUAUUAUACAAAUCUCAAAUGGUCCAGAGGAAAAUGUUGCAAAUGAAACUACGAAUGAGAUUCUUGCUAUCGCUGAAAAUAUCAUCACGUCAAUGAGGAAUCUUGAUAAUGAUGAUCCUACAGCAAGAAAGCUAGAGGAAGAGACUUCCGUGAUGAUUCAGACAAUAUCCAUGCUUGUUGUUCCCGACAUAGCUGAGUUUAUGCACACUGGAUUUUCAUUGGUUGAUUUAAGACAACUUGGCGAUGACUUACAGAUAUUCGUAUCUUCUGAUUUGUUAAAUGUUAAAGAGCAGGCUGAUUUCACGGAAGAUGAAAGGGUUUUCUUCAACUCAAUGAAUCAAAAGCAUAUUGCCUAUGUUGUUUCUGCUAAGAUUCCACAAAUUCGUAAGGUAAACGGACUGAAGAAAAUGUAUGAAAACGACUUGUUGAACAACUAUGCUUUAAGUGAUGGUUCACUUGUAAUUGUUGGCGAUGGCGAAAAUUCAACAAUGACUGUAGCUAUGACAACAGAUAAUGCACAAAUUCUUGCUACAAAAGUGCUUACACUAACCAGUCUGAACGUGAGUGUACCAGGUCUGGCUGAAAUUAACGGAAAGGCCAGAAUUUUGAUGUCGGAUAUUAUGCCGAUUCUGAAUUUAGAAAGCACAGGACGGUUUGCUCAUAUCACAUCCACUCAAAAACGGUUGGUUAUAGAUGCCUCAAAAGAGGUCACUGGUACUGUUGCAUUGUCAGAAGAGAUACCGGCUGUAGAAUACCAGAGCUUCAACUUUAAUCCUGAUCCCGAUGAUGCAUCUAAGUUAAUGUACUACACGAUGAAUGCGAGAAGUUCCGACGACGACAUAAGAAUUAGAAUUCUACCAGAGUCAGAAGACAUACUUCUGUUUAAUGUCUACGUUAACUUUGAUGAAGAUGUGACCAUACUUGACCACGCUUUAACUACCGACUGCAAAAGUCCAGAUUGGAUAGCUACAUUUAGUUCAGCGUUGCUGAAAGAAAAUAACUUCGUGUCAGGAAACAUCAACUUUGCUGUUAAACCUGUUUUUAAAGAGGGAACAAAUGAAGAAAAUGUACUCAAUCGGAAAAGACGUGCAGCGGACACUCAAGGCUCAAACAGGACGCAGACAACAUUUAAGCUUGCAUCAACAACAGCAGCGUGUACGGUAUGGGACGAAAUGAGCGAAAGUUGGAAAAGCGAUGUAUGCCAGGGUGUAUGGAACCCGGAUGAAAACAAAUUCACUUGUAACUGUCCUGCGAGGAGAGAAAUGACGUUUGCUAACUCUUUCUAUGUAGCCCCUAAUACAAUCGACUAUACUACAGUGUUCCUGAAGUUUUCUGCACAUGACCAGGCUGCUGUUAUAGCCGUCCUCGUCCUUAUAAUUAUAUUGUAUAUACUCGUGGUUGUAUGGGCUCGUUGGCAAGACAGGAAGGACUUGUUAAAAUGGGGCGUGACACCGCUAGCUGACAAUUUUUCGGAAGACAGUUAUUUUUACGUUGUUAAAGUUUUCACAGGGAUGCGUGCAGGUGCAGGAACUAGGUCACGUGUUAGUUUUGUCAUUGGUGGUGAAGAAAUCGAUACAGGAAUCCGGGCCUUGUCAGACGGUGUCAGGAAAGAAAUACCGACUGGAAGCGUGAUGAACUUCCUUAUGGCUACGAGGGCAUGUCUGGGUGGCCUAGAAUACCUACGUAUAUGGCACGAUAACUCGGGUAGUGGAAACCACGCCUCCUGGUAUCUAAGCAAAAUUGAAAUCCAUGACGUCCAGCUAAAAGAGGCAUUUGUGUUUCAAGCAGAACGGUGGCUUGCAAUAGAAAAAGACGACGGACUCCUGGAAAGUGUUUUCCCAGUUUCCAAAUCAGAGAAUUACAAUGUUUUCAAAAAUAGAUUUGUACUAAAUGCGAAAGAAAAUUUAGCAGAGAGUCACAUGUGGAUUUCUGUUGCCUAUCGGCCACAGGCGAGUACUUUUACACGUGUUCAACGAGCAUCUUGUGCCCUUGUUUUCAUCAUGUUGUCGAUGAUAGCAAAUGCAGUUUAUUUCCAGUCUAGCAACCAGGAAAAUUAUGAUUUACCAUCAGAGAUUAUUGUUGGACCAUUCCGCUUUAGUCUCCAACAGAUCUACGUUUCUUUCAUCACGGCAUUAAUUGUAACUCCAGUGACUCUUAUUGUUAUAUACUUAUUCAAAAAGUCUAAUGUCACUCCUAAAAAUAAAGAUGUAGAUCUAACACACUUGAAAAAAGAGGAGAAAUCUAAACGUUAUAAGAUACCACUAUUUGAUGACUGGCUCGAGCGGGAACGACUUCAAAGUUUGGAACUUGAGAAGCAUUUAAUAGAGAAGGGAAAUCCAAAAAUAGAGGGGUUUAAGUUACCAGAGACAUUUUACUAUCUUGCGUGGUUGGUAACUGUGGUUACCGUGUUUAUCUGUGCAUUCUAUCUUCUGUUGUUCAGUGCUCAGUGGGGUAAACAAAAGUCAGAGGAAUGGUUGACAACCUUCAUUUUAUCCUUCUUUGAAUCUGUUUUCUGCCUCGAUCCCAUAAAGGUGGCAUUUAUGGCUCUAACGUUUGCGAUAUUAUUCCGGUCCGCCAAGCAGUCGCAAGCUGAUAUUGAUAGGAAAAAUAUUCUCCGUAACUACUCAUCUAGAUUGAAAAACAGAUCAGGGGGUGCACGUAAACCUGCUCCUCCACUAGAUCAAGAAAAACUAGAUAGUGCACGGGAGUUGAGAAAGAUGGAAUUGCAAAUGAGGAAAGCCUUGCGUGAUAUAGUCUUAAAUAUACUCCAUGCGUGGAUCCUGUUUAGUAUAGCUUAUAGCAACCUCGACAGCCAGUCUUAUCUGCUUCAUGAACAAAUCAAAGGAAAUAUUCUGGAACCUGGUAGCCAACCUCAAUUCUCUUCAAUCAGUACAAUAGACGAGUUCUUUAGCUGGCUGAACGACACGGCUAUUGUCAACUUGUUUCCUGAUAAUCAUUACACGGGAGAACGCUUACCGUGGAGGGUGAGACAAUUCAUGAACGACGGAAGUAAUUUUAGAGUAGGACCACCUCGGCUUCGUCAGAUGAGAACAAUCAAGAAAAAGCCGUGUUCCAUCCCAUACAUUGAAUCAGAAGACUGCUUGAAAAAGUAUUCAGAGUCGACAGAGGAUGAUGAUAAUUAUUGCAUAGGCUGGAAAGGUGGUCCAUGUAACCUGAAGGAGGAAACUUAUAGUCUCUCGUCCAAUGCAUGGAAGUAUACCUCGGCUUUUGACAUUUGGGGUUUACCAAUAUCUGGUAUAUACGCUACUUAUGGUGGAGGAGGUUACGUAGCUGAGCUAAAUGUUAACAAAAACGUCAGUCAGAUUAUCGUUCAAGAAAUAUAUGACCACUUUUGGAUUGACCGUCAAACGAGAGGAAUAUUCUUUGAGUUUACUCUAUAUUGUUUAAAUUCUAAUAUCUUUGUAUACUCGGUAUUCUUAGUUGAGUUUCCUGAGACAGGUGGAGCUCUGCCUUAUUCGAUGAUAUUUCCUCUUCGUGUUUAUCAACAUCUUGGUCCCACAGGUCAAUAUACUCUUGCUUGCGAAAUCAUAUUCCUGUUAUAUCUCAUAGGUUUAACUGUUGUUUCAAUCAUCAACAUGUAUCAGCAACGAAAGGCGUACUUCUCUGUACCUUGGCAAGUGUACGACCUGGUUUUCAUCUUGUUUAGCUAUACGGCAGUCAUUCUGUAUGUUGUAAGAAUUGUGUUUAUUAAUGACAGUUUAGAAUUAUUCAUCAAAGACAAAAAGUCGUUUGUUAACUUCUACCAUGUUGCAAUUUGGAAUCUUAUAUUUGUAGUUUUUCUUGGUAUCCUCUGCUUUAUGGCCACUCUCAGAAUUAUGAACUCCCUAGGCUACAAUAAAAGGAUAAGAAAGACCGUGCAGGUAUUCAGAAACGCUGGAAGAGACUUGUUAUCGUUUGCAAUCUUCUUCAUUUGCUACUAUUUCUUUUACGCUUUCUUUGGCUACCUUCUGUUUGGAGCAAAACUUGAGCCCUACAAAAACAUAAUUAAAACAUUGGAAACUCUUUUUUUGAGUCUACUUGGGGCAACCACUCUUACAGAACUCGAAGAGAGUGAUCCUAUCAUGGCAAAGAUUUACUUUAUCACGUUUGUCAUGUUCAUGGUUUACUUUGUGAUGACGAUGUUCAUGGCGAUACUUUGCGAGGCGAUCGACGAGAUCAAUGCUGAAGCAUAUGUUGACAAAGAUGGUGAAGUUGUCGAUUUCAUGCUGGACAAACUGAAGGACAUGUUUAUGUUUGGAGGUCGUGCAAAAAAGAGGCCUGUGUCAGCUACCGAAACUAAAGAAUGCGAGGAUCAUGAAAUGAAAUCUAGUGACGGGCGUCCCCUUCCAGACUACUUCACAAAUAGAACUGUUCUUGAAUACAUUCGGGACUCAAUGUUUGAUGCAUUACAAGAUUACCGGAAUGCAACUGGGAGUAUUGCAGAGAUGUCAUCUACGACUAAGUCAAAGACGUCCUUUGACAAAUUUUAAAUACUUUUUAAUCUGUAAAACUCUUAUUUAUGUGUUUUAACAGUCUUACUUAUUCUAGCUUGUACAUAUAUUGAACAUAACUUAUCAUCCUUUUUUAUCAACAAUGUAGUAACUACGUCCACAAGAUGAUUUGAAUGAAUUAUAUAUGAACAUUUUUAAAGGUAAAAAGGAAGAUCAAAAGCACGCAGAAGUAAACAAAGAACCAAUUUAAUUAUACAUAUAUCAUAUAAACUAACUGGAAUUUCAAAUAAGCGACUUAUACAAGAGGUAUCGAUCAGUAGACAGUAGUUUUUACAUGACUUAACACCGACUAUGGCAAAACUUCAAUAAUUUAUAGCUAUAUUAUCGUUUUCAGGUGAUACGUCGAUAGUCACGCUUAUUUUUCAAACGGCAAAUCAAUCGAUAAAAAAUGAAAAGUGGUUAAAACAUUGGAAAUCAAAAUCAACGCGUAAACAACAUCUCAAUAAAUUAGAAACUGAUUGUAAAUGACAUCGAUGUUCAAUAUAGCGAGCUAUAAAUAUAUUCAUACUUUCGUAAAUUUGGUAAAUAUAUUCAUAAUUUGAGUGGUAAAACUCAGUGUUUAAGAAACCGAGUGGUAAAAUAUCGGUGUUCAAAUUGCCGAGUGAUAAGACAUCGGUGUUCAAAUAAUCGAGAGAAAUAAACAAUCAUAAUCGAGUUAGAGAUUGGUUAAAGCAUCGGUAAUCACGUUACUGAUAGGUAAAACAUCAGUUCUCAAAUUAACCAAUUAUAGUAAAAGGGGGUUCAAAUUAGCAAACGGUAAAACGUCGUCGUCAGUAGCAAGUGGUACGAGUUUUAAAAGCAGCGGUGCUUGAUUUACCGAGCGGUAAAUUAUCAACUAGCUUGUUGAAGUCUAUAAAU